UCUGAUCUUCAUUUGGUCCUCUUGGUAAUUUGUGUUGUGGAUAUCUCAUCAACUCUACACAGCCUUUUGAGGAUCGUAUAUGUGGUGCUCAUGUUUUGCUGUGCUUUCUGCUUGGGUUUAAUCAAAGCUCUUUUGGUAGGUCCAGUUGCCACGCUGAUUUUAACCAGCGGAAACAUUGGGGUGUUAUUGGCACUGCUCCCCGCACAUGUGGUCUGGACAUGCUACACUCUCAUAAAGACCAACAAAUUCAAUGCACCAAUUAAGGUUGCUAUGCCGUUUGCUUUGCCUGCUCUGUUUGGUAUGUAUUUGGCCCUCGGCAUUGGGGGGAGUUUCCUUGUGGGAGUCGGCUAUGGAUUUUUCACUCCCUGGGUCUUAACUUUUGAGGCCUUCUGAAACGGAAAGGAAUCCAAGAAGUUCAUGCACUGCAUCGUGGAUGGAACAUGGGGAACAAUCUGAAGAAGUUGGACUGUGGUGAAAGAUUUUGCAAACUUAUGUAAUCAUUCUUAUCCGGUUUAUCUGAAGGAGCUGCGCACAUCGCCCGCUUCGCAUGAAAUGCAUACUAUCAGAUUACUCUAUGUACCAGCUUGCAUCCUGGUGGCACUGAUGGGACUGAUUGUUGAUGGUCCUCUUUACACCCUUAUAGUGGUGGUCAAGAGUCCGUAUUUGUUAUUCAGAGGAUGGUUCCGCCUGAUACACGACCUCAUAAGCCGAGAGGGCCCCUUCCUCGAAGCAGGAUGCAUCCCUAUUGCCGGACUUAUAAUCAUCCUGUGGCCCGUAAUUGUCAUUGCCUGCAUGUUAGUGGCUACAGUCUCGAGCUUCUUCAUUGGGCUUUAAGGCUCAGUCGUGGUAUAUCAGGAGAGGUCUUUCCGGAGUGGUGUGGCUUACGUCAUUUCGAUGGUGGCAGAGUUUGAUGAGUACACAAAUGAUUGCCUAUGUCUCCGAGAGGGGACCAUGCUUCCGAAGCCUCAUUACCAGAAGAGGAAGACAUCCCAGUCAUCGGAUUGUUCAACCGGUGGGAACGAGUCACAGAGUAGUGUAGAGAGAAAACUCAAUUCCACUUCUUCAGCAGAAGCGCCCGCAAUGCUCAUGCCCCGCUUAGCUCAUUCAAGAUCGGUGAACGAAGUAAUACAGGAAGUGAAGAUGGUGCGAAUCUGGGAGAACAUGAUGAGGUCCUACGAGAUGAAGGGGAAACAAUUAGUAGAUGCAAACGUGAUAAAGCCCCGGGAUCUUUGCCAGUGGCUUAGAGGAAAGAACUAUGAGAAUAAUAAUGAAGUUGUCAACGCCGUGGGCAUCGGCUUACCUUGUUCUUCACUUUUGCAUACCCUCCUACACUCGAUCAAAACAGGAUCAGACAGUCUGCUGAUGCAAGAUAACGUCGAAGUAACUUAUCUCAACAGACUGUAGGAUGACAAAUUGUUGGAUUGGUUCUUCAACCCCAUCCUAAUUUUGAAGGAACAGAUAAGGGCAGUUGGAUUGGAGGAGAGCGAAGAGUGUUUACUGGAGGAGUUGGUUAUUUUCGGACGCAAUCCUGAACACAUGAAUGGAUGCUCGGAGGAUGGUGUGAAUUUGAAAUCUAUAGAUUCUCUAAGAGCUGCUCAAAUACAGGGCAUCGGUAGAAGGAUGAUCGGAAUUGUAAGAAGCGUUUCGAAGCUACCCACCUACAGAAGGAGGUUCCGUCAAAUAGUGAAGGCUUUGAUUGCAUAUGCUUUAGAAAGAGAAGUUUCCGCUCAGUGCAACUCUAUGAGAUCCAUUAACCAUGUUGUCGAUGAUGUUUAGGCAAAAUAUGUGUUUUUUGUUAUUCAGAAUGUUUUGGUUAUGGAAAAUGUCUGGCUAUUUCGACCGUAGACUCCGUCCUAAUAGCCACAAAUUGAUUUAGCACCCCA